AUGGCCAAAGAUAUCGAGAUCUCGACCUCCGAGUCCAAGUUUCUGAUAGAGACUCUCAGACAAGGAUUACGUCCAGAUUUGAGGAAAUUCGAGGAAAUUCGAGAUGUGGGCAUCGAGUUCGGUAAAGACUAUGGAGAUGUGACGGUGACAAUGGGGAAGACCAAGGUUCAUUGCCGUAUAAGUUGCAGUAUUGCACAGCCUUACGAGGACCGUCCUUUUGAAGGACUUUUUUACAUUUCCACGGAAACUUCGCCUAUGGCUGGUGCACAAUUCGAGAAUGGGAACAAUACGGGCGAAGACGAAGUUUUAUGCUCGAGAAUAAUAGAGAAAGCGGUGAGAAGAUCUGGUGCAUUGGACGUGGAAGGUCUGUGUAUUGUGGCUGGCAGUAAAUGCUGGGCCGUGAGAGCAGAUGUGCAUUUUCUAGAUUGUGAUGGUGGAUUUAUAGACGUCAGUUGCAUAGCGGUGAUGUGUGGUCUUUUACACUUCAGAAAGCCUGAUGUGACGGUUUCUGGUGAACAUGUUACAAUCCACUCCAUGGAGGAGCGCGAGCCGGUACCUCUUGGGGUGCUACACAUCCCUAUCUGUGUGACGUUUUCGUUUUUCAAUCCGGAAGAUGCUGAAGAGAACAUCAAGGGAGAAUCGAACAAAGAGAUCUGUGUGAUAGAUGCUACUCUAAAGGAAGAGCUUUUGAGAGAUGGUACAUUGACUGUGACUCUCAAUAAGAACCGUGAGGUUGUGCAGGUUUCGAAAGCCGGUGGCCUUCCCAUGGAUGCUCUCACAUUGAUGGACUGCUGCCACAAGGCUUUUAAGAUCACUGAGACGCUGACAGAUAAAAUCACAGCGGAGCUCAAGCAGGACUUCGAGGCAAGAAAUCAGUAUGCUGCGAUGCUGAGCUCUGAAAACACCAGGGUUUCGUGA